CGCCCCCGCCUCCCUUUCCCCCCCGCCAGAGGCUCCGUGGCCGACUUGGUCCCGCUGCCGGCCGAGCGAGCGCACGCGCCUGGGGUCGCGCGGCUGCCGAGGAGGGCGAGUGCGCGCCAGGAGGGAGUGGAGGCGUAGGGGGGCGGGGGUAGGGCUCGCCUGCUCGCAAGAUGGCGGACGAGGACGGGGAAGGGAUUCACCCCUCAGCCCCUCACAGGAACGGAGGCGGCGGCGGCGGUGGGGGAUCUGGGCUCCACUGCGCCGGGAACGGCGGCGGCGGCGGCGGCGGCGGCGGCCCGCGGGUCGUGCGCAUCGUCAAGUCCGAGUCCGGCUACGGCUUCAACGUGCGGGGCCAAGUGAGCGAGGGCGGGCAGCUGCGGAGCAUCAACGGGGAGCUGUACGCGCCGCUGCAGCAUGUGAGCGCCGUGCUGCCCGGGGGGGCGGCCGAUCGGGCCGGGGUGCGCAAGGGGGACCGCAUCCUGGAGGUGAACGGCGUGAAUGUUGAGGGGGCAACACACAAGCAGGUGGUGGACCUGAUCCGAGCAGGCGAGAAGGAAUUGAUCUUGACAGUGUUAUCUGUACCUCCUCACGAGGCAGAUAACCUAGACCCCAGUGACGACUCGUUGGGACAGUCUUUUUAUGAUUACACAGAAAAGCAAGCAGUGCCCAUAUCGGUCCCCACAUACAAACAUGUGGAGCAGAAUGGUGAGAAAUUUGUGGUAUACAAUGUUUACAUGGCAGGGAGGCAGCUGUGUUCUAAACGGUACCGGGAAUUUGCCAUCCUACACCAGAACCUAAAGAGAGAGUUUGCCAACUUUACAUUUCCCCGACUUCCAGGAAAGUGGCCAUUCUCCUUAUCAGAACAACAAUUAGAUGCCCGACGCCGGGGAUUAGAAGAAUAUCUAGAAAAAGUUUGUUCAAUACGAGUCAUUGGUGAGAGUGAUAUCAUGCAGGAAUUCCUGUCAGAAUCAGAUGAGAACUACAAUGGCAUAUCUGAUGUAGAGCUGAGGGUAGCACUACCAGACGGAACAACAGUUACAGUCAGAGUGAAAAAGAAUAGCACUACAGACCAAGUAUAUCAGGCUAUUGCUGCAAAGGUUGGCAUGGACAGUACAACAGUGAACUACUUUGCCUUAUUUGAAGUGAUCAAUCAUUCCUUUGUACGUAAGCUGGCACCUAAUGAAUUUCCUCAUAAACUCUAUGUCCAGAAUUACACAUCAGCUGUGCCAGGCACCUGCCUGACCAUUCGAAAGUGGCUUUUUACAACAGAAGAAGAAAUCCUCUUAAAUGACAAUGACCUUGCUGUUACCUACUUCUUUCAUCAGGCUGUUGAUGAUGUAAAGAAAGGUUACAUCAAAGCAGAGGAGAAGUCUUACCAGUUACAGAAGCUAUAUGAACAAAGGAAAAUGGUCAUGUACCUCAACAUGCUAAGGACUUGUGAGGGCUACAAUGAAAUCAUCUUCCCCCACUGUGCCUGUGAUUCCAGGAGAAAGGGGCACGUUAUCACAGCCAUCAGCAUCACGCACUUUAAGCUGCAUGCCUGCACUGAGGAAGGACAGCUGGAGAACCAGGUCAUAGCAUUUGAAUGGAAUGAGAUGCAGCGAUGGGACACAGACGAAGAAGGAAUGGCCUUCUGUUUUGAAUAUGCACGAGGAGAGAAGAAGCCCCGAUGGGUUAAAAUCUUCACACCUUAUUUCAAUUACAUGCAUGAAUGCUUCGAGAGGGUGUUCUGCGAGCUCAAGUGGAGAAAAGAGAACAUUUUCCAGAUGGUGAGAUCACAGCAGAGGGAUGUGGCCACCUAGCCUUUCCUUAUCCCUUUCCCUUCUCGCCUUCGUCCUCUUAUCCCUUUCAUCUCCUAUGUCAGCGUAACCAUUAACACAAAAGAAAAGAUAAAGGAAAAAAAGUCAUUACAUUCAGAAGCCCUAAACUAAAUAUUAUUAAUAACUCCCUCUGGAAUUGAGCUGAUAGAGAACAACAGAUUGGUUCACACCCUAAGUCCACUGAGAUAAGACAGAGAAAGAAGUAAGCCCGUCCAACUCGCCAAAGGUAUCUUUGUGCUUUCACCUGGGCCUCAUACCAACAGACUCUCCUUGUACUAUAUUUUGAAAACUGGAACUAUGAACUUCAUCCAUUUGCACUGUUCAGACAUAUAUAUGUAUGUAUGUAAAAAAUUAUAUAUACACAAAUUAGCUGCACGUAUAUACAUAUAUAUAUUUCUUUUUAAAUUUCAUAUUGAUGGCAGUACCUUUUUUAGCUUGUGUUUUUACACACCUUUCACUAGAAUUCAUGACCUCUCUUGCUCUCUUUAUUUUGAAACAAACUUUAAAAAGGAAAAAAAAAUUUACAGGGAAAAUACCUCUCCUCAUGAAGGACUCGAAAAGUUUACAACCUGCUUGGGUUUUUCCCCCCUUUUUUGUAUUGAGUGCAGUUUCUGAAUCAUGGGUUGCCGUCGAGUCUGAGGAGCAAGGAGCAUAGUGUCUAUCUUUCAAGAGGGUACUGGGAGGAGAAACAGGUGUGUUUCUCACAGGUGCAAGGGUGCGAUCUACAGAGAGAGUCUGAAGACCUGGUGUGGUCUUGAUUUCAAGACAGUUUCCUGGUCCAUCUCUCUCCCACUCAUGGCUUUCUGGCCAACUCUGUACCUCCUUCCUGCUUCCUGGGGGCCCCUGCUGUUCUCCUCCGCUGUCCAGAGCAGAGUUGAGCAUGGGCUUAGGAAGUUGAUGCCACAGGAACCUGAAACACUUCAUGGUAGUAACUGCUGAUCUUGCCUUUUCUGCAGCAGGGGUGGCAUUAGGGACCAAAGGUAAAGCUGAUACCUUAGGCACAAAGGUUGGAUUUGCAGAGGGAAAAGAAAGGAAGCAAUAUUCUGUGUACAUAAGGCUUUACCUACCCUGUUCCUGAACAGUAACCACCGUAACUAUUGCACUCUCUGUGACAUCCUUGAACAACAGUGCUGGGGAGGGACCUAACUAUCUUCAAGACCUUAGGGCAACUUAGAAUGGGUCUGUGGUCUGUGCCAACCAAGCCAUAGCCCUAUCCAACCCAGCAGAGGACCCUGGAAGGGGUGGGAAUAUGUUCAGUUUAAGCUACAUCUCCACCUUCUGUUUAAAAGCAGACUGAAGGAAAACCUUUGUGUUCCUCAGUGAGUUGCUCAUCUGACCUUGCAGUUAGACCGUUUGAGACCUACAAGCUACAUCCCAGGGUCAGAGGCCAGAGCCCCUGAGCUCUAUACCCAUUACAUAAAGGCACUAAGUCAGGCUCGGGUGCAACUGAAACAGAUCUUUGACCAUCUUGGGGGUGGGGGUCUGCCUUUCCCCUUCUAAAGAGAAACUCAAAGGGUGGCAUCCUCUGCCUUGUCGAGCUGGGAGGCAGGCAGAAUUCUUGUUGGGGUGGUUUGAAGUUUCUCUUUUGUAGAUCAAUGUGAGGCCAUUUUUCUUUGUUUCUCACUGUUAUCCUAGUGGGCAUAGGCCCCCAGGGAGGUGUGGAAUCAUAAAACAUCCUCUCCUCCCCACUUCUCCAAAGCCAGGAAGACUCACAGAUUUCAAAACACCAGAGUGCUGAACAUUUAACAUUGAAGAGGGCAAUCCCCACCUUGAAGACUCUAUUUAAUAUGGGAUCAACUUCUUCUUUUGGCUUAAAUUAACUUAAUAAUGAGCCAAAGGACCUUAAAAAGAAGUUAGGUUGAUUUCCCACUCCAAGAUGCUUAAGUGGCUUUUGGCACCAGCUUUGUUCAGACUAUAAAAACAGCAGCAGUGCAUAAUGGGAGCAGAAGGAACAGGGCCUAGAGCCUCCAUGACAGACCAAGUGCUGGCCUCUGGGUACGAGACAUGGGGAGUUGGAGGCCCCUAGAGUAGGUGUGUGGUGCUGUGUUCCUCUUCCUGCAUAGCAUCCACUUGGUGUUUGGAAAUUGGGUGAGGGACCCCAUAGACAGUUGGCCUGUGGCCAGAUCUGCUUAGUUCUGGCUUCUGCUUGAGGCCAUCCCACUAAAAAGCGCCCAGCUUCGGCAGGGAGGGAGACCCUAUAGGACGGUGCCUUCUCCCUUCUCACAUCAGCCCCCAGCAGUGGAGGCUCCAUAGGAUCAAGCUCUUCUGUGCAUGAAGCAGUGUUAGGUGUGACUACUCCCCUCACCCCUGUGCUUUGUUUCUGUACCCCUACUACUUUUCUUAGUCCUGGCUUCUGCCGAGGGCACCGUCUACUCAGUCUUCUUUUACGGUUUGACUCUGGAAAAGAGGGCUCCUGGUUACACUGGAUUUCUGUCCUCUGGGGCAGAAGCUUAGAGUUUCUGUGGAACAAGAGAAAACUGAGGCCCUGAGAAACCUGCAGCUGCAGGAAGGUUCCCUUGGGCCAUACUUUGAGCUCUCUGCUUUUUAUUCUUUUAUCUGGUUCUCUAUCUUUCUGCCCUCCCCUUGCCCUAGGCCUAAGCUCUACACAGGUACAGAUAAGUUUGUGCUCAGGGCAGCUCUAGGCCUGGACAGAGCUUUCAGUGAGGAAUUAGAUAAAUAUCCCAGUGUCCUCAGGCCAGCCCAUUUUCUUUCAUCCUUUAGUUACCCAGGCCAGUAGCUUUGGGUUAUCUCUUGUAGCCCCAAACCCAGUGCUUGGAGCAGCUGAACAGGGCACUGACAGGAGGUGUGACAGACCUCUGUCCUAUCCCGAAUUUGCCCACUAUGGGCCUGGCUCCUAAGAGGCAGUUUUCUUAAGGGGAACUGCAUGCUAGGUGACCUGAAGGACCACUGUGCCCUCCCUUCUCUCUGUCAACUGUCUGGCUGGACUGACGUACUGGGAGACCUCGGCAUGCUGCUGUUCCUUUGCCAGGUUCAUUGGGUCACACUGGCUUCCUUUCGGGGGACUGUGGCUGAUUACCACUCAGAGGGGAGGGAGAAUGCAGGCAGUGGGAGACUUCUGUGGUCCCCAUCUUCCAGUUGUACCUGCUGUUCCCUUGCCCUACCCUGAGCACCACCUGCCAGUGCAGCAGCAGUUCACUCGUCAGCAGUAACCGCGGGUGAACUGGAAGUGAGGGCUCUGGGGAGGAGCAGAACUGAAGCCGGGAGUGACCUGGGGCAAGGCACUUGGCCAACUGCUAAACUUAGACACCAGUUUCUCCCAUGCCCCCUUUGAAGCUGGUGAGCUGGGCUUCUGUUUUUCCCAGGUCAUGCACACUUUUAAUUUAUUUGAGAGAAACUCUAAUUGUAUUUUCACUGCAGCAUCUUGUAUUUUUUAUUUGUGAUUUAAGAAAUGUGAAGAGAAAAUACACAGAUAUAUAAUGGCUAACAGUGUUUCUUUCAUUUCUUGUUCUAGAGCUAACCACUCUAAAAUUGUUUGGUAACGUCACUUAGUGUAAUUAAUUGUAACAUAUUCUUUUAAAUAAAUUGAUUUAUUGAUGAAACAA